GGUCAGAGAGGAGCUGGGAUGAUGGCUCUGGCACUGAGGUGGCUCCGUCCUCUCCCGUCCCUGCUGCACCGCUCGUCCUUCCUGCUGACCAGGGGGCUGCCAGGGGCUCCUGUGGGCUGCCCUGCCCUGCUCCUGGAGGGCUGCAGGCAGUGUGGCCAUCAGGUGCUGCUGAGCAGACAGCUUGCUACCAAAAAGGCUAAAGGUAAAGGGCAGAGCCAAGCCAAAGUGAAUAUCAGUGCUGCCCUAGUUGAGGAUAUUAUCAAUUUGGAGGAAACCAAUGAGGACAUGCAGGCAGUCAUAGAAGCUCUGAAAGAAGAUUUCAGCAGGAACAUCAGUGUUAGAACCUCACCAGGGGCCCUGGAUCACAUAACUGUGGUGACCAAAGAUGGGAAGUUUCCACUGAACCAGCUGGGGCAGAUCUCACAGAAAUCACCACAGCUCAUUAUAGUGAACAUGACCAGUUUUCCAGAGAGCACAGCUGCAGCUAUGAAGGCUAUAAGGGAGAGUGGCAUGAACCUGAACCCCGAGGUGGACGGGACGAUGAUUCGGGUGCCAGUUCCUAAGGUCACCAGGGAGCACAGGGAGAACCUGGCCAAGCUGGCCAAGCAGGCCACCAACAAGUCCAAAGAGGCCCUGAGAAAGGUGCGAAGCAAAAGCAUCAGCCAGGUAAAGAAGUCCAAGAGCAAAGUGUCAGAAGAUACCAUCUAUCUGCUAGAAAAGCAGAUCCAGCAAAUGGCAGAUGAGGCUGUCGCUGAGAUGGACAAGCUGCUGGCAGCAAAAACCAAGGAGCUGCUUGGAUAAACACCAUCCCAAUGGACACACUGCCCCUUGGGCAGGAAUGGACUGCCACGUGCCCCAGCACUCAUCUCUGCCUGGAGGCAGCAGCCUCAGGGAUGAGCAGCUCUGUGCCUUGGCUGCUCCCAUUGCCCACCUGGGCAGUGCUGGAGGGAGGGGGGAACUCUGCUCGCUGUUCAUCCAGGUGGGAACAGAAUUGGGUGAAAUGAGAAAUAAAACAUCUGGAAGGAGGA